CACACACACACACACACACACACACACACACACACACACACACACACAACUUGUCUACACGGCGUACUGGCUGGCUGCUUCUCUGCCAGUUACAUAUGUGUGGCACUCAGAGUGGCCAACAGGGACACACCACCGACCGACCGGGCUUCUCCUCCUGAUGAUAAGAGUCGACGUCGACGUCAGAGACUGGCCCCAUGAAUAUUGAUGUUGGAGGAUAGUCCGUUUCAUAGAAGAACAGAAGGAAGCAAGAUGGCGGCCCUUUAGGAUUUGUUAAAGAGGAGAUCCAGACGGUUUGUUGGAAUUUCUACACAGUGGAGGGACGUAAAAAGAGGACGCACAGAGGGCAGCCCUGUGGAUGGACUCAGAGCAGGCCAGAUGGAAACAGAAAAGGCCAGCCAGGAGACGGAAGAAAGUCUGAUACUAGCACAACUCAGCGCCGCCACUCAACCAGACAACCUGAUCACCGCCAAGCUCCAAAAUGGCACCCAGUCACCGGAAGGAGCCCAUCAGCAGAUCAACGGGGAUGGAAACUGGAACCUUUACAACAAGGCCGUGGCAGGGGUCAUCAACCCAAUGAAGAGACACAGGGAGAACUGCAGCAGUCCUGCCGGAGUGCAGGGACUGUUCGACCAAGGCUCUUAUAACAUGAUCAAUGGUGGGGAUCUGAAGCAUGCGCUCUGUGACCAGUCCUUACUGGGCCUUCACCAGGCCAAGAAACUCAGAUCGGAUUUGGAGAUUAAUGGAGGGGAUGGAGAGGAGAUGUGGGACAAAAAGGAGGGUGGGGACAUCAUGGACGAUUUCCCAGAGUUGACAAAGCCUGGGGAGUUUGACUGCGAUGGGACAAGACUGGAUAAGAGAAACUGUAAUACUUUCUCAAAUGGAGGGGAUAUUUUCUCACUAUCGAGGAACAAGCAAAUAGCUAACGGUGCUACAGUGAGCCCCAAUUCCAUUGAAGGCACACCUGGUGACCUUCUAGAGAAAACUCUGUCUCAGUAUUACCCAGAACAAGUGUCCAUCGCAGCACAGACGGGCGUGCAGGAGUUUCAACCGGAGGUGGGGUUGGUCGACGACAUUAGCUCACUCACCAACGAACUCCCUGAACUGCCCGAACAUGCCACGACGCAGUCACCUACCUCUCUUACCUCAGGGUUCCCUCCCAUUUCAGCCCAGAUGCCUGCCUCUGAGAAACAGCAGCAGACUGGGGUAGCAGACCCUAAAGGGCAAGGCAGCAAUGGAUAUAACAACUCAGCCGCCCCGUAUAUGGUGAAUGGGUAUUCUAACAGUUACAGAGGAGAGCACCCGCAACAGCAGCCCGCUGACGGCUCGCAACAUCAGAACAACACAGAGGGCAUUUACAGGAAACCUAACCAGGAGUUUAACCAUCAGAACUCUUUCCCGAGCCCUCUAGAGCAGAGCACUCCGCUGCAGACAAAAGAGGCCAUUGGGUUCAGCCCCGGCCCUUUCCCCAGCCCAGGCAUGGGGCAGAGUGAGGGGAGGCGCCGGCAGCAACAGUAUGGGAUGCAGCAACAGCAGACAGGAAACCCCUGUGGAGCUGACUCUACGGGCCCCCAGGGCUCCAUGGGCCCAGCUUCCCUGCCCAGUAGCAGUGAGCCUGGACCCCAACACUCCCAUCAAAACGGGAUGAUGAAAGACACAACCCAGCAACAGCAGAGAGGAGGGGCAGAUCCCGGUUGCCCUAAUUCCCAGAUGGGCUGGAUAGAUCUAAACUCCCGGGGUCAGAUGCUGGAGCCCGACUCAGCACGGAGGUUCCAGACGGGGGGACAAAGCUUCGACGUAGGACCCACCGGAGGGGCCUACCAGCAACAGCAGCCGCGGCCGGCCCAGUCGCCUCACCAAGCAUCUCCUGCCCAACACAACACUGCCCCAGAGUGGCAGCAGCAGGCCGACUCUAAAGGCCCACCUCACAUGCACCAACAACAGUGUAAUCUUCCUCCUCAACAUCAGCCACAUACACAACACAUGCACCAGCAGCAGUGUAAUCUUCCUCCUCCUCAACAGCAGCAGCAAGGGGAGAAUUGUUUUCGAGCCCCCAUGCAGCCAGAGCACUUAUGCGAAGGCGACCCAGAUCUAGAGGAAAUACUAUCACCUAGCUUUUUGCAGCCGCCACAACGUCCACAACAUCAACAGCAGCAGCAGCGCCCGCUGUCCCAUCCAUCUCAGUACGACGGACAGCAGUCGGUCAACGCACCAAAGUCACAGGACCCCAACCAGGGCACGAUGGACGGUCAACAGCUGCUGAACAAACUCAAGCUGGAGGACUACAUCAGGCUAGAGAAGAAGCUGAAAUCCCCUGGUGGAGGCUACAGAGGUCAGGGUGGUCAACCCCAGCCUGGGCACCAGCAGCAGAUACAGUCUAUGAUGAGAAACAACCCUGGGUACAAUCCUGUAGACCCCUCUCAGCCCAACGAAGCACAGCAGUCCCAGCAGGCGUCAUGGAGACAGAGCAGCAGUAAUACCAUGGAGAUGGAGAUGGAGCUGGAGAUGAAGCAGCAACAACAACAGCAGCACCAACAACAACAGCAGAGGCAGUACACUCCAAGCCCCGGACCCAAGCAAUACUCCCACCAGCAGCAGCCGCCGUCCCACCUCCGACAACCACACCCCAACCACAUGGACUUCCCCCUUACCCAGACCCCCCCACAACCGCUACCUCACUUACCACACGGUGCUUUAAACCAGCAGGUGUCUGCACAGCAACAGCAGAUGUAUCCUAAAAUGGAGCAGAAUCAGCAGGAGUCUUGCGCCCAGUUCCAGAGGGGGGGGCCUCCACCCCUGGGACACGGGGGCCCCCAGGGGGACUUCCAGAGGCACGCGGCCCUGCGGAUGCAUCUUCUACAGAGGCAGUCUGAGAGGGAGUCUCUGGGUCCCCCUCAUCCACAGACCCCUGUAGAUUUCAAACACGGCGUCCGGCCCAUCAAGAUGGUGAAUGGGCCGCGGUUCGAACACCCUCACCACCAAGGGCCUGGACCACCGCCCUUGAUGCAGCAUCAACAGCAGGGCCGGGAGAUGGGUAUGGUAGCGGGGGGCAUCCAGGUCAAGCAGGAGUACAAUCCACAGCCCCAGACGUCGUGCUGCGGUGAGCGGAGCCAGAGCAGCUCCCAGCGGAGCAUCCUAGCCACCAUGGAGCAGACUCUCAGACAGUAUCAGCUUUCGCCAGUCUUCGACAGGAAGUCCCUCGUCAUCAGGUCACCGAACAAGGUCAAGGUGGAGCAGUCUGGCGCUGUGACGGUGCUCUCGACCCACGCGGACCUGGACGGUGGGUCGGGUGGGAUGGAGGACAUGGGGAUGGGGCGCCCUGGCUCCAAUGGGCUGAAAAGACCCCACCUAGACUUCACCCCCAAGCAGGAACCCCUGCUCCAGAGUUUUAUGAAUUCCCCCAUGAAACUCUUGGAUACUCCCAUUAAAAACCUAUUGGAUACUCCUAUCAAGACCCAGUAUGAUAUCCCUUCCUGCCACUGCAUGGAGUCCAUCAGUGAGAAGGACGAAGGGCCGUAUUACACUCACCUGGGCUCCGCUCCGAAUAUCAAGGCCAUCCGUGACAUCAUGGAGACAAGGUCUGGGCUAACUGGCAGUGCCAUCAGGAUUGAAAAAGUGGUGUACACAGGUAAAGAAGGGAAGAGUACACAGGGAUGCCCCAUUGCUAAAUGGGUGAUCCGGCGCGGCAGCGUGGACGAGAAGCUCCUGGUGCUGGUGCGUGAGCGGGAGCGCCACAAGUGCGAGGCGGCAUGCAUCGUGGUGAUCAUCCUGAUCUGGGACGGCAUCCCCACCACCAUGGCAGACCAGCUCUACAUGGAGCUCAGCGACACUCUGACGAGACACGGAGCCCUCACCCAGCGACGAUGUGCCAUCAACGAGGAGAGGACGUGUGCGUGCCAGGGGCUGGACCCAGAGGCCUGUGGCGCUUCCUUCUCCUUCGGCUGUUCCUGGAGCAUGUACUACAACGGCUGCAAGUUUGCAAGGAGCAAAAUCCCACGCAAAUUCAAGCUAACUGGGGACGACCCGAAAGAGGAAGAAAGGCUGGAGCAAAAUCUUCAGAAUCUGGCAACCCUAAUGGCCCCCACAUACAAAACCCUGGCACCAGAUGCCUAUCAAAACCAGGUGGAACAUGAGCAAAGGGCGCCAGACUGCCGUCUGGGAAAGGGGGAGGGGCGACCGUUCUCCGGGGUCACCGCCUGUAUGGACUUCUGCGCUCACGCUCACAGAGACCUCCACAACAUGCAGGGGGGCAGCACUGUGGUGUGCACGCUAACCAAGGAGGACAACCGCCAGAUCGGGAAGAUUCCGGAGGACGAGCAGCUCCAUGUGCUGCCCCUUUACAAGGCCUCGCCAACGGAUGAAUUUGGCAGUGCAGAGGGCCAGCAGGAGAAGAUCAAGACGGGCGCCAUCCAGGUGCUCAAUGCCUUCCGCCGCCAGAUCCGCAUGCUCUCCGAGCCUGCCAAGUCCUGCCGGCAGAAGAAGCUGGACGCCAAGCGGGCUGCCGCAAGCAAGAAUGCCGGGGGACCGGACACGCCUUCGAAGGCAGAGAAAGCCCUACAGGCCAAGCUGAAAUCUAGUAGCACUUAUGAGAGCAUAGCUCAGAGCACUCCUGGGACAGGUCCAAAUCCAGGCGCCAUGGGAACGACCCCCCAGCCACCAGGUCAGCCGCCAGGUCACCCCCUCGGCGCCCACCUCCAGCAACUCCAGCACCAGAACGCCCUUCACGCCUUCCCUGGAUCCCCCCAUCCAGCCAGCCCCUACGCCGGCUUCCCCAACCACCCCGGCCCUUUUCAAAGCACUUCCAAGCCAGGUAGCAUGUACCCCCAGCCACCAGCCUCAGCAAGCCCUUACCCCUCCCCUUUGCACAUACCCACCUCUUACAUGAAUGGGUCGAAUCCACCGAGCUCUUAUCCCAGCCCCAUGACUCCAGGUAGUCCCUACCCGGGUUACCAGUGUAACGGAGGUUCACCCUUAGACAACUACCACCCUUACUACACCUCGAACCCAAAGCACCUGGACAUGUACCGGCAACAGAGGCCAGGAGCGCUAUACCCCGACAUGCAGCAGCAGUAUGGUGCGCACCAACGCUAUGGGGUCAACUACCCUCCUCAGUAUGGUGAGCCCGGUUUACAGAUCAAUGGUUACAGCAACUGUAGCAGCAUGAGGUCCGGCAUCCACCCCAUGAGCCCCUACGGUCCCCCCUCGUACGGUCCCAGCGGUGCCCCUGAUGCCCAAUACCUGGAUGCGCUCUCCAGGCCGCCCUCAGCCCACCACCCAGGGCUGGACUAUGCAGCAGCAGUAAGCAAAGGCAAUCAGUUUGGUGGGUACCCCAAUCCCUACCUCUCCCAGAGCACCAAAAUGUUCCCCCCGGGCGGCCCCCAGGACCCUUUCUGUAUGCAAGUCAAGCCCGAGAUGGGUCUCCAAAGCCCGUGCAUGACACCCACGCAACCUGGGUUCCCAGGGCUCCCCAACGAACACCUCCACGGGGGUUCCCCCAUGAUCAAGCAGGAGCCCAGGUCGGGUCCGCCAACGCCCACCACACCCAAGGAGAAGCCUGCCAUGUGGUCCGACAACGAGCACAACUUCCUGGAUCCGGAGAUCGGCGGGGUGGCUGUGGCGCCCAGCCAUGGCUCCAUCCUCAUCGAGUGUGCCAAGCGGGAGAUGCAUGCCACCACGCCGCUAAAAAACCCCAAACGCAACCACCCCGCUCGCAUCUCCCUGGUGUUUUACCAGCACAAGAACAUGAACGAGGCGAAGCACGGCCUGGCGCUGUGGGAGGCCAAGAUGGCCGAGAAGCAAAGGGAGAAGGAUGAGGACGCCGAGAGGAACGGGGCCGAAGGCGCCACAGUGACGCCCAGCAAGAGCACUAAGAAGGGAGCGAAGAGGGAGCACCCGGAGCUGUCAGAGCAGCAAGGGGAGCCGCCGUACAAGCGCUUCAUCCAGACCCUCAUGGAGAGGUCCAUGUCGUGCACCACAAACACCUACGUCAACACGUCGCCCUACGCUUUUACCAAGGUCACAGGGCCGUACAGCCGCUUCAUCUAGACAAGAGAUAUUCAUACUGUUCUGUAGGGUUCACUCACGAGGAAUAACACUGAGAAUUAAAACUCACGGUGCUAUACUGACGGUGCUAUCUUAAAACCUCAAGCUGAAGCACCACUAGCCUCAAAACACAGAGCAUCCUCUCUCUCCUGACUGCAAGCAACAGUGUCAGAAGAACACACAGCGUGGGGGGAGAAGGAACUUGAUCAAUUGGAAGUCGUACCACGUUAUAGAGUACAUCAGGUUUGUCACCUCUUGAAAGUUCGGACCUUACCGAUUGGUUGGUUGACCCCCCUCUACUAAGGAAGUAUUUAUUAUCUGGUUACUUUUACAAGAUACACACUGUUAACGUUUCUCGGGUGCUUUGCAGGUCCAAUACAUCAGGACUUCUAUAUUUACUGGAAACAAUGUUUCUUUUUGGUGGCUUUAAUUUUCUAAUUAAGCGUUUAAACAUUGUUUUUUAUAUAUAUAAUCUUGACAUACUGUAAAAAACACUGAACUUUGUGGACACACCACAAUAACGGUGCUAAAAGUGGAGCGUGUCUUUAUUAUACACUUUUGUUCAAAUGUCUUCAUGUUUGAACCAAAUCAGUUUGCAUAGAUAAACGCGUUUCUCCAGAUGAUUUGUGUGAAAAUGGAUGAAACUGAAAAUACUGUACAAAAUCGACAAAAUAUCAGCAAAAAAAAAGCACUUUUGAUAUUGAAGGUGAAAUAUUUUGAUAAUACCUUCAGAUCAGAUCAUUGGUGCAAAAACGUCUACAGUUACAACAAAGGAAUUAUUUUCAAGACAUGAAAUUGAUAGAUUUAUCACAAAAACUUGAUUUAAAUUACUGUAGCCUACCUGUAUAACAGUAGGAAUAUCAUGCCAAUCGAAUUUUUACAUUUUACUUUCUGGUGCUUUCAGUUUCACAAUUGUUAUCAUGUCCUUUACAUUGUAAAUCGAGCCAUUCUAAAAGGGUGCAUUUUUAGACGAUAAUGUUUCAACAACAAAAAAUGUGAUUCUCGCAUAUUCUCUCAAGGGUUAUUUACUUUGUCAGCAACUGUUUCAGAGUUCUUGACCACAGGUUCACAGAAAAAACCUGAAUUGUGCAUAUAUUACGUGUUGUCAUGCGACUGUUGUGUUUUGUGAACAUGUUCCUUACCUUCCCUUGGUGUAGGACAUGAAACAGGGUUAGCUCAAAUGUCAGUUUCACGGUUUCGAAGGCAGCUGGCUUGCUGUGGUUGAUCUUUAAAUAAUUGUAAUCUAGUUGUAUGAUAAAAGAUUAGAUUUGUACAGUAAAUUAAUUACUCUUUUUUUAACGCUUUAGGAUUUGAGUGUUGUAAAGAAAAAGUUAUAUUUCUUUGGGUUUCAACUGAUUUUAAUGACAUGUGGUGCUACUCAACCUGCUAUGCGAACACAUAAUGUGAGACUCUAGGGGCGUUGAGAAGGCUAAUGAAUGAUGUACAGUUAAAGUACCUACUUGCCAUAUACCUCAGAACUAGUUUGGCAAUAUUACAGGAGCAUGACACAAAGGCAUUUCUUUCUCCUUCCUUUGUUGUCACUUUCAAAAAAAAGUUAACUACAAUAACAGACUUCAGGCCACCACCAAGGCUGAGUUCAUUGCUUACUGCUUUCUUCAUGCUCGAUCUACUAGGAAGAAUUACUUGAACUUUAAGCUUUGAUAUAAUAGCAAAAUCAGGGAUAUUUCAACUCAUUUCUGUACAUUCAUCUAAUUCAUCUCUCAUUCAGCGAUUUGCCUCCAUCUUGAAUCCCAAUGAAUUACUUAAGAGUACCAGUCAAAAGUUUGGACACAACUACUCGUUCAAGGGUUUUUCUUUAUUUUUUACUAUAUUCUACAUUGUAGAAUAAUAGUAAAGACAUCAAAACUAUUGAAUAACACAUAUGGAAUCAUGUAACAAUCCAAAUAUAUUUUAUAUAGCCACAAUUUGCCUCGAUGACAGCUUUGCACACUCUUGGCAUUCUCUCAACCAGCUUGGAAUGCACUUCAAUGAACAGGUGUGCCUUGUUAAAAAUUGUGGAAUUUCCAUAUUAUGACAGGAACAGCUCAAAUAAGGAAAGGAAAAUGACAGUCCAUCAUUACUUUAAAACAUGAAGGUCAGUCAAUCUGGAAAGUUUAUUCAAGUGCAGUCGCAAAACCAUCAAGCGCUAUGAUGAAACUGGCUCUCAUGAGGACCGCCAGAGGAAAGGAAGACCCAGAGUUACCUCUGCCGCAAAGAAUAAUUUCAUUAAGAGUUACCGGCCUCAGAAAUUGCAGCCCAGAAAAAUGCUUCAACGGAGUUCAGGUAACAGACACAUCUCAACAUCAACUGUUCAGAAGAGACUAUGUGAAUCAGGCCUUCAUGGUCAAAUUGCUGCAAAGAAACCCCUACUAAUGGACACUAAUAAUAAUAAUAAUAAGAGACCAGUGGAAAUCUGUCCUUUGGUCUGAUGAGUCCAAAUUUGAGAGUUUGGGUUCCAACCGCCAUGUCUUUGUGAGACGAUUAGUAGGUGAAUGGAUGAUCUCUGCAUGUGUGGUUCCCCACCAUGAAGCAUAGAGGAGGAUGUGUGUGCCAACAAUGGCUCAGCAUAUGUGGGACCUCCUUCAAGACUGUUGGAAAAGCAUUCCAGGUGAAGCUGGUUGAGAGAAUGCCAAGCGUGUACAAAGCUGUCAUCAAGGAAAAGGGUGAAUACAUUGAAGAAUGUAAAAUAUAUAUUUUGAUUUGUUUUACACUUUUUUGGUUACUACAUGAUUCCAUGUGUUAUUUCAUAGUUUGUCUUCACUAUUAUUCUACAAUGUAGAAAAUAGUCCAAAAUAAAAUAAAAACCCUUGAAUGAGUAGGUAUGUCCAAACUUUUGACUGGUACUGUAUACACACACCCUUAAAAAAGUCACUGGCACAUCUGAGCUAUCUUUGUUGCAAGUGCACGGUAACAGUUGAGAUGAUAAAAAAGAAGAAACCAGCACACUGCUCUUGCUAGAAUCCCCGCUCUUAAGCUUUACGUAUCGGCCUCAAGGCUUGUCAGAGCUUUCGUUAGAACCAUCUGAUGAAGGCCUUGAGGCUGAUAUGUAAAGCUUAAUAAAGAGCAGUGAUACUAGCAAGAGCAGUGUGCAGGUUUCUCCCCCCCCCCCUCAUAAAUACACACACUUAAAAAACAGAAAACUAAACUUUAUCAGCAAAAAUAUGGCAUUGACGACCUGCAUUUUUUUUUUAAACUUAUGCUUUAGCUAGUAGAUUGGUGGUAUACUUUUGAAGUAAAUUUGAACAUAUAAUAUGCACUGAAUUGAUUAAAGGGAAAUGAUGGCAUUGACAAGGUAAAGAGCGAUGCGUUUGCUUUUACUGUGAGGCAAGACCAGGGCAGUUAUGAUGCACAUCUGUGUGCCUGUGUAUAGUUUAAUAGUGAAAUGUAUUUAUAACCACUAAACAAUUAUAUUACGAUUAUCUCUCUCCAUUUGAUUUGAAUGAUAUAUGAUGAAUCAACGGUUAUUUCUGAGUGACAACCCCCCCCACUCUAACAUUUAUACUAUCGUUUUCCCAAAGCACUUCUUUUUUCAGAAAAAAAAAUGUAAUAAAAUAUUACAAAACAUUUUAUUUAAGAUAAGAAAAUCAGUAGAUUAUUGUAAAUGUGUUUAAAAUAAAUUAUGCCACAUUGUACAUACCAUGUGUUUGUAUUACGGAAAUACAAUUGUUGAUUUUUAAUAACAACCUACUAUUGUAAUAUGUUAAAAGGUGUAGGUUUCUUGUAAUUUUGUCAAAUGUACCCACGGCCCAUGUUUCUAUCAGCAAUCUUCUUUCAAAUCUAUUGUUUAGUCUAUUCCAGGUUCACAGGACGUUCAGUUAGAUAAUGUUCCUGGGUUUUGUAGAUUGCCGCACUCACUGUCAAAAAACAGCAAUGUUUACAGCUCUAAGGUUCCUGUUAGCUAAAGUCACUUAAUAGUUUUUUGUAAAGGAUUGCAGUUUCUGUGAAAAAAAAGAAUAGAACAUUCUAAUGUUGAAUUUCAGUGUACAGGACCCAGCGACAGUAGCAGGUUGUGGUUGUGAAAAGGAGUGUCUGAGACAUAGCGGGUGACGAGCAUAGCCAUACUUGAAAAGCUUCAGAGUGUUGGAGUGUGAUUCAACAUGACUUGAAUGACUUUGAGCUUGACUAACGCACGAGAGUGCACAGCUCUUAUGUUAAGCUAGCAGUUUAAUGUACACGUGUUGGUAUUUCUGCUGUUCGAGACACUAAAGUUUUUAAAACGGUUAUUUUCUGCCUCCAUCUUUUUGUGUUACUGCUUCCACUGUUCCCCUUUAAGGUUGGUAUGCUAAACAUGGAAUUAAGAAUGUUAUAAUGCUGGAAGUAUUGUAAUGUACUGAAUGCAGUUUAUUUGAAAGCUGUUUAUGAUAUCAUUCCUGAUAUUGCUGAGAUGUGGGUGUUUUUAAUAAAAUGUAUAUUUAUUUAAAGCAC